AUGGAGUCUCCAACGCGUCCCUCUCUCAGCCCUCAUCUUAGUCCCUCAAAAGUCCUUCAUCCGGUAUCUCCGGAACGCAUGAAUCAAGGCAUCCCAGCGUCGCCAUCGCUCCCGUCAGAUCUCUUGUCUCUUCAUCAUAAGACCGCGAAGGGGGUCUCCGAAGUGCAAGCAAAAGUCGCCUUUCUAAACAGUCUAUCUCGAGGCGGCAGUCCGGCCGCCCCCGCCCAAUCCGCUGCAAACAAUGCUGCUCUACAAAGGGCAAUCCUCGGUCGCGAGGAGGCGGAGUCUGCUCUUUCGUCAGUUCAAGAAGAGCUUUCGGAGGCACAAUCACGCGAACGUCGGAUCAGCGAACGACUUGAGUCCCUGUUAGAAGAAUUACAUGGUACCAAAGAGCGCCAGGCCCAUGAACGAUCAAUUUUCGAGAAAGAGAUUAGAAAGGCUCGUAAGGAAGCAUUCCGAGCGGGAUCGACGCUUGUGAAAUUACAAGAAGAGCUAAAGCAUGCCAAGUCGGAAACCAAGGCUUUGAAGGACGAGGUCGCCGCCGAGCGCGAUUCCAAGGAUAGGGCCAAGCAGGAAGCCUUCGAGCGUGCGUAUACCUUGGCUGGUCUAACCGAGGAAUUGGAAGUCCUCAAGGGAAAACUAAAGUCGAUGGAGGCCGCAAACCACUCGAGCAAUUUGGAAGUCCAAGCACACGAAAUUCGAAAAGAAGACUUUGGCAGGAUUUCCCUUGCAGAGGGCGAUCUUGCAUUUUUGAUGACUCCCCGACGCCCGAAGCGAGCUGCUGAAGAUUCCACCCCCUCACACGUUCAAGAUGAUGAUGUUGCGCAUGAAGCGACGCCUCCCAAGCGACAACGCCUGUCUGAAGUCACAGUUGUGGCUGAGGAGACUGAUGCGAGAACUGCCACGACGUCGGGCCUAGAUAGCGAGCUCAUCGAAGAGUUGAAAGAUCAACUGCAUAGUGAGCGUCGACGCAGAGAGGAAGCGGAAGAAAUGAUCCACUUUCUCAACAUCGAGUGCCAAUUUGAACGCUGCUCUUGCCGAAUUGCCGAGAGCCAAGGGCGUCGUUAUAUUUAUGAUGCUGAUUAUUACCACAAAUUCCAAGAGCCACAAAUUGAGGCGCAAGCGGCGGCAGAGGCAGAGGCGGCCCGACGGGAUCAUGCAGCAGCACGGGUAGAUCUGCAUUCUAGCCAUACCCCAGAUGCGGCACCCCCUCUACCCACACGAAAACAACCUGCCGAACCAAAUGUAAAGCCUGAACCAACAGAGCCACCUGAGCAGAUGCCAAUGCCACAAGAGCCUCUGGUUACAUUCUCGCCGGAGACUGGAACCUUCAAAACUUUUCCGUCCCCUCUCCGUGAUAAUGUCGCCCCUCGCCGAACUGACUCCUUUGCGUCCCUGGAGAGAUCCCCAGCACCCUCACAAGGUGAUUGGAGAAGCUCUGCCGCCUCAUCCCGCUAUAUCGAGUCUUUUACCCCCUCUGCAGAACCUGAAUCAUCUCGGGUAAUCCACUCUUUCCAGCAAGAACAUCCUGUGGAAGAACAAGUAUAUGCCUCCGCACCUGAAGAAGUACGAGCCACGCGUUACCAAAUGUUCCGACAUGAAGACCAACUCACUCGAGCUACUACUAAGCGGGUGCCUCUUCGUGACAAUGGCGAUUCACAAGGAUCCUCGAUUAUCCACGAUACACCCAUCAACCGAGAGGAAGCUCUAGCACAGAUCAGAGCUCGACGAGGGCGCGCACGCAGCAAGCAGCGCUCGGUCAGUGCCAACGAAGCCACUAGUCGAGUGACUGGGUCGAAUGGCAGCACCGCCACAACCCCAGGCCGAGGUCCCCGCCGUAUUCCCAAUCUUCAAUCCAGCGCCAAAAGCGAGAAUGACUUGGGUGAACGACGUGACUUGAGUGCGCCGGUCCGAAUGUUCCGCCGCUAA